GAACGGAAGCGCGGGCCGAAGCAGACAUGCGCAGUGCGCGCCUAGCGGAGGCCCUUUCCUGUCUGAGCGAGGCGAGCAGAGAGAUCGCGGACACAAAAUGACGGAGUGGGAGACUGCACCAGCUGUGGCUGAGACGCCCGAGAUCAAGCUGUUCGGCAAGUGGAGCACUGAUGACGUUCAGAUCAAUGACAUCUCCCUCCAGGACUACGUUGCUGUAAAGGAGAAGUACGCCAAGUACCUCCCCCACUCCGGAGGGCGCUAUGCCGCCAAGCGCUUCCGUAAAGCCCAGUGCCCCAUCGUGGAGCGCUUGACCAACUCCAUGAUGAUGCACGGACGCAACAACGGCAAGAAGCUGAUGACCGUGCGCAUCGUGAAGCACGCCUUCGAGAUCAUCCACCUGCUGACCGGGGAGAACCCCCUGCAGGUUCUGGUGAACGCAAUCAUCAACAGUGGACCCCGUGAGGACUCCACCCGUAUUGGUCGUGCUGGUACCGUCAGAAGACAGGCUGUGGACGUGUCUCCUCUUCGCAGGGUCAACCAGGCUAUCUGGCUGCUGUGCACUGGCGCGAGAGAGGCCGCCUUCAGGAACAUAAAGACCAUUGCUGAGUGUCUGGCUGAUGAGCUCAUCAACGCUGCAAAGGGUUCGUCAAACUCCUACGCCAUCAAGAAGAAGGACGAGCUGGAGAGAGUGGCCAAGUCCAACCGUUAAACAAACGCCUGUUUCUUUCUACAAAAUGCGAAAAUAAAAGAAUUGAAGAAAUU